AUGGUAAUGGAGACGAAGGACUGGGAGACGAUCGAGCGGGCAUUGGCAGCAAAGGAAGCCGAGCUGAUGCAGCAGGAAGGCUCCCAAGUCAGUGAGGGCCAUCUCAGUGGCUACAGGUAUGUGCCCACCACGAAGGUAGUGGACAAGCAGUCCUGGGAAACCUUUGCAGUGCCACACAUUCGGCCAACCUGCUGGUCGGAGAACUGGCACCACAAGGAUGUCCUGUUCGAGCUUGGCGAGGGCAUUGCGUACAUCACGCUGAAUAGGCCCGAGGCUAACAACGCGCUGAACGAGUCCAUGUCCCAAGCGCUCCAAGACGCCACCUGCGAGCUCCACAACCGUCGGGAUAUUCGGAUUGUGGUCUUGCGUGCCGAGGGCAGCAUGUUCUGUGCCGGCGGAGACCCAAAGCAUUUCUUUGAUGCUUUGGCCAUGUCGGAGAGGGAUGACCGGAAGGCGGCGAUCGGCUUCAUGAAAUUCCUGUUCUGGUUCCAAAGCCUGCCACAGUUUACGGUCGGCCUGGCGCAGGGCUCUGCGAUGGGCAGUGGUAUCGGCCUGCUCUGUGCCUGUGACAUGGUUCUGGCUGCGAGCGCAGCGCGUUUCACUUGUUCAGAGGUGAAGUUGGGCUUCUGCCCUGCGGCUCUUGCGCCCUUUGUGACGCGAAAGGUCGGACCUGCAUUUGCCAAGCGAUUGCUCUGUAUGGCUGAAAAUAUUUCUGCCGAGCAGGCAAAGAGGAUGGGCCUCAUCUCUGAUGUGGUGGAAGAGGAAAGUGAGUUUUCCGACUACAUGAAAGACAUCUGCGAGAAGGUCACGCUUUGCGCCCCGACGGCUGCUGGCCGCGCAAAGCGCUUGGCGCAGAACGUAAGCCUGCAGCCACUGACGCGCAAACUGCUGGAGUACACAGGCGGCGAGCUGGCAGACAUUCGAAUAGGAGAGGAGGCCAUCAAAGGCAUGGUAGCUGUUCAGGCUCGUGUGAAGCCUUACUGGGCUGAGACGCCGAUCAAGCCUUUGUACUGA